AUGGAACUUCGAUCAGGGACUCACUCCAUGACAAUGUAUGCCGCCGAGGGUGUGGACGCAUUAGGAGACACUACGCAGUGCUUCUCCGCGAUCUCUAUAUCAUCAUCCAACGCCUUGUGCAGGUCUGUCAAGCCCAGUGCCAACGAACGGCCAGAUACUACUCCCCAUCAAGCCAAUUGGCUCAUGUUUGACUGGAAUCGCCAAAAGAUUCCUGUACUGGGAAAGCUCUUUGGUAGAUCGAGCCCCGAGGACUGUUGGAAAGACUUUCCGACACCUUAUCAAGGUCAAAAUUUUCGACUUCUAGCAGUAGCAUGCGAUCAAUGUCUCUUCGCAAUGGUUGACCAAGGUAAUGUAAUUGAGUUUUGGAUGAAUUACGAGGAAGGAGAGAUGCAACAGAUCUGUAAACGAACUCUUUACCGAGGUUGCGAGAUUACUGCAAUAACAUUCUCACCAAAUUGGGCUGGAACGGGCUUGGAAAAGACCAGUCAGUUGGCAGUAGGUUUUGCAGAUGGACGAAUGGAUGUUAUGGAUGUCACAAUCAUAUGGCAGUAG